CUGUAGAUCUCAUUCGCCAUUUACGCUCCGUACAGAACAGUUGGCGCAAUGAGGUCUCUGAUUUUCUUCGCUGGCUUCCUGGCCAUUGUUGCGGCCACCCCUUCAACAACUCAGGCUAAAGUCGUCUGCUACUACGACAGCAAGAGCUUUGUCAGGGAAUCUCAAGCCCGCAUGCUGCCUACGGAUCUGGACCCUGCUGUUUCCUUUUGCACUCACCUCGUUUACGGCUAUGCCGGGGUCCAACCUGACACCUACAAGAUGGUGCCCCUCAACGAGAACCUGGAUAUAGACCGUUCCCAUCAGAACUACAGGACCAUCACCAACUUCAAGACCAAAUAUCCUGGUCUGAAGGUAUUACUCUCCGUCGGAGGCGAUGCUGACACCGAGGAACCGCAGAAAUACAAUCUUCUGCUGGAAUCUCCGCAAGCCCGCACUGCAUUUGUCAAUUCGGCCGUCCUGCUUGCUGAACAGCACGGUUUCGACGGAAUCGACGUCGCCUGGCAGUUCCCCAGAGUCAAGCCUAAGAAGGUCCGUUCUACUUGGGGAUCCAUUUGGCAUGGUAUCAAGAAGACAUUCGGCACCACUCCCGUUGACGAUAAGGAAGCAGAGCAUAAGGAGGGAUACACCGCACUGGUCCGUGAAUUGAAACAAGCCCUGAAUGUAAAACAGAACAUGCAGCUAUCUCUUACAGUAUUGCCCAACGUUAACGCUAGUAUCUACUACGACGUUCCUUCCAUCAUCAACCUGGUGGACUUUGUUAACGUCGACGCUUUUGACUACUUUACGCCGGAGCGUAACCCUAAAGAGGCCGACUACACAGCUCCAAUCUACACUCCUCAGAAUCGCAAUCCUCUUCAAAAUGUAGACGCGGCAGUCUCUUACUGGACUCAAGCUGGAGCGCCUUCGAACAAGAUCGUGCUGGGUAUUGCCACCUUUGCCCGCACCUGGAAAAUGGACUCUGAGAGUGAAAUAUCUGGUGUCCCACCAAUACAAGUUGACGGUCCUGGAGAAGCUGGUCCUUACACUCGGACUGAAGGUCUGUUGAGCUACCCUGAAGUUUGCGCUAAGCUGAUCAAUCCAAAUCAUCAGAGGGGAAUGAAACCUCAUCUCAGGAAGGUCACCGAUCCCAGCCAGCGCUUCGGAACCUAUGCUUUCCGCACAAAUGAUGAUAAGGGUGAGCCCGGACUCUGGGUGAGCUACGAGGACCCGGAAACCGCUGGGCAGAAAGCUAGUUUCGUCAAAUCCAAGAACCUUGGUGGAAUUUCUAUCGUGGAUCUUUCCAUGGACGACUUCCGUGGUCUUUGCACUGGUGACAAGUACCCGAUUUUGCGCGCCGCCAAAUACCGUCUUUAAAUAAUUGCCUACAGUUUCAUUAAUUUUAAUACAAAUGUUAAGUUAUUAAUUAUAGCACAGUUCAAUUAUCCAU